UUCAAGUAAUAUUUUUUUUUGUUAAAUUUUAAAUAGAAAUCACUCGAGCAAUGGCUGCCAAUACCUAUUCACCUAAAGAAUGCGGCAAAAAUAAAUAUGGCGCUGAUUGUACUGCUUGGUGUUCACAAAAGAAGACUUUUUGUCAGAACAUGUUGUUUUGCACAUAUAGUAAUGGAUGUUCCUGUGCAGCUGGAUACACUGGACCUUUAUGCAAUAAAGAAUGUACCGAAGGAACUUACGGCCGCAGAUGUAAAAAAAUAUGUUCAAACAAUUGUAAAACUCAAUGCGAUAAUAUUUUAGGAACUUGUAAAGGAGGAUGUAAAAAUAAUUUUAUUAUGCCGUAUUGUAUUGAAAAAUACCCAGUUCUAAUCGAACCGCCUAAAUUAGAUUUUUCAGAUUUUCAUUCAAUAAAUUUAGUUUUAAAUUUAUUGAAUGAAAAUAUCUUUGGAAGCAAAAGUAAAAUUCCGUCUUUUUAUCAGAUAGUUUACAAGCCAAUUUCAAGUGAAUUAGAUUUCCAGUAUUCUUCAAUAAAACCCAUAAAUACUUUUCUUCUUAAAGACAAAAUAAGCAAUUUAGUAGCAGCAACAAUGUAUACGGUUGGUGUAAUAUUGAUUGCAGAAGACGGAAAUUCAAACAAAGAUGAUAUAAACACUGCUAACUAUUUCACAAAAUGCUUCA